GUGAGACAUUUUAUUUAGUUGUUGGAUGAUCUUGGGGUUCCAUGGUUUCACAGCCACAAAGCUGAAGAAAGAGAGAUAAACGGAGUUCUCUGAAGUAGGAGACAUGGAAUGCACCUGGAUUCUGAGUGUUGUUUACCUCAUGGUUGCCCCUGCUAUCAUUGCAUGUAACGGUGUGGCAGAACACACACACAAUGAUCCAGCGCCUGCUGAGCCAGUGAGACAAACUCGAACAGAAUAUUUUGCAGAGGGCAAAGACGCUGACAUAAGGUGCAGCAAUAGGACAUGGUCUAACGAGUUGUUCCAUUUUAUCUGGAAAAUAAACAUCAGUGGAGUCUACUGUCUUAUAAGUGAAUCUACCAAAAAUCCUCCGCACAACAACUGCACAGGAGGGAAAGUGCUCCGCAACACCAGCAAGGGGGAGUCCUACCUGCACAUUCCCCACUUUGGAGUCCAAGAUGAAGGGACAUAUAAAUGUGAAGCGGUGUUCAGAGGUGAAGCUGAAGAGGUGAAUGUUACAGUGCGGGCAGCAGUCCCUCCUGUCCUCAACACCAGAGUAGUGUGGGAUGAUGGUCAGUGGUUUGCUGUCUGCUCUGCACAACCAGUGGCCAAAGUGUCCUGGGAGGAGUUGUGGGAAACAUCUGUGGUCACUGAGAGAUCAACCCAGAAUGCGGACGGAACCAUCACUAUGGAGAGCUCGCUGCACGUGCCUGAUAAUAGAAUGAAGGAUAAACUCACCUGUGUGGCCACCAGUCACCCCUCCUGGACAGGGGGAGGAAGCUCUACUACCAUAGAUCUCACAGAGAUACGUAUUGUCCCCCCUGUCCUCAACAUCAGAAUAGAGUGGGAUGAUGGUCAGUGGUUUGCUGUCUGCUCUGCUGCUGGGGGAAAACCAGCAGGCAAAGUGUCCUGGGAGGAGUUGUGGGAAUCCUCUGAGGUCACUGAGAGGUCAACCCAGAACGCAGACGGAACCCUCACUAUGGAGAGCUGGGUGCGCGUGCCUGAUGAUAGAACGAAGGAUAAACUCACCUGUGUGGCCAGUCACCCCUUCUGGACGCAAGGUGGAAGCCCUACUACCAUAGAUCUCGCAGAGAUACGUUUUGUCCCUCCUGUCCUCAACACCAGACUAGAGUGGGCUUAUGGUCAGUGGUUUGCAGUCUGUUCUGCUGCUGGGGGAAAACCAGCGGCCAAAGUGUCCUGGGAGGAGUUGUUGGGAUCCCCUGAGGUCACUGAGAGGUCAACCCAAAAUGCAGACAAAAGCGUCACUGUGGAGAGCUGGGUGCAUUUGCAAAAUGAUGACAUGAUGGACGAGUUGGUCUGUAUAGUCAGUCACCCCUUGUGGACUAACAAAAGAUCUCGAGUCUUGGAGCUUGAUGCUUGGAUGUCAAGUCUUGGAACGGCAUUGAUCAUCAGGACAUUAAUUUGUUGCACCAUCUUGUUCAUCUUGGUGUCAGCUGUAAUCCUUUCCAACAUAGCCCAGUGCAGUCACUUGUUGAUAGUUGGCAUAUACUAGACACUUUAUUAUUUGUUGCACCAUCUUGUUCAUCUUGGUGUCAGUGUCAUCUUUUCCAAUGCAUCUCUAAGCACCUUAGCAAUUUUACGUGGAGGGAUGAGGGGAUGGAUUGCAGAUCAGGCAGGAUGAUAAGGUUAUUUUUGGUUUCUUUUGUUUUGUCUCGUCCUCACUAUCACCUGAUCACCUGCAAGUGUCGUCCAUGGAGCCAUCACAGUCAAUGCGCCUAUAUGCAGGAGCAACCAUGCAAAUCCACUGGGUACAGGAGUAGAUGGACAAUUAGCCUUUCUCUCUUUUUCUAUUUUUUGCUCUUGGUGUUCAGAUAGUUUAGGGUGCCUCUCAUUUACGUAAUGUAAUGUACAGUAUAUGUAUCCUAAGUAAAAAUUCUAAAAUUUUUCAACCUUGUUCACAACAUGAGCAAAAACUUUCUUCACCUUUCAGAUGUUGUUAUAUGAGGUUUCAGAUACAAAAACAGUAUACUUAACCAUGAAUAUGAAUCAUGCAAUAAUCAUUCAGUGUAUAAAGCCCACCUGGUGGAUAUAAUUGGUAGGUUGUGGGGGUGGGGGUAGGUCUGGUGAUUCUUUUGAACUACUGUUCCCUGUUUUGUAGCUCAGAUAAAGGAGACUCAACAAAUGAACACCAGGCUACUGUAGUCUGAGAUGAUGAUGCAAGGGGCUCAGUGUUGAGUUUGCAAAUCAAAACACCAAUCUGCUGUGACGGAGAGAGGGGAAAGAGUCCAAUUGUGUACAGCACCUCAAAUGUGUUCUUAUAGCCUAUACUGCCCUCUACUGUAGUACCCCUGCCAGUGUUGAAAUGCUUGACAGCAAAUAAAUCAAGUAGUGGAUAUAUUGCGAAACUACAAAGUAGGAGGGAAGAGUGUUUGAUUUGGUGUUUUUCACACAUCGAGCGUGACUGCUAUACCAAAACCAUUGGCUGAAUGUAGGGGCGACAAGUUCCUGUUGACAGCAAAUUUCCAGCACACACAGGAAGUCUGGGUGAAAGCUGCACCUAAGCAAAUUCAGGUAGUCUUUCAACCAAUGGAUAUUUUAUGUUUUAAAGUGUAUUCAAGGGACGUGGACGGAUUAGUGUUGACCACCUUCAGGCUAGGCCGCAGUAAACAUGCUGUAGAGGGGGGACGACUGUGCUAGUGGUUGUCUGGCUGUACUACAGAAGAGAAGAAACCCUACACAGUAAACGUGUAUCAAGUUUUUGACACAUGGAGGUUGAGUGGAUCUUACUACCUUUCUUGGCUUUGCUGUGUCCUUCGUCGAGCUCCUCAGCAGGACAACUAAAUGAUACAAAGGCCCCAGCCCUACAGACUGAAUAUUUUACAGAGGGCAAAGACGCUAGCAUAAGUUGCAGCAAUAGGACAUGGUCUGAUGCUCUCCAUUUUAUCUGGAAGAUAAACAUCAGUGGAGUCUACUGUCUGAUAAGUGAAUCUACCAAAAAUCCUCCGCACAACAACUGCACAGGAGGGAAAACACUGCGCAACACCAGCAAGGGGGAGUCCUACCUGCACAUUCCCCACUUUGGAGUCCAAGAUGAAGGGACAUAUAAAUGUGAAGUGGUGUUCAGAGGUGGAGCUGAAAAGGUGAACGUUACAGUGCAGGCAACAGUCCCUCCUGUCCUCUCCACCAGACUAGAGCAGGACGGUGGUCAGCGGUUUGCUGUCUGCUCUGCUGCUGGGGGAAAACCAGCGGCCACAGUGUCCUGGGAGGAGGUGUGGGGAUCCCCUGAGGUCACUGAGAGGUCGACCCAGAACGAGGACGGAACUGUCACCGUGGAGAGCUGGCUGCGCGUACCUGAUGACAGAAGAAAAGACAAACUCACCUGUGUGGCCAGUCACCCCUCCUGGACGCAAGGAGGAAGCUCUACUACCGUAGAUCUCACAGAGAUUCGUGAUGGUUCAUUGGCAGGUGAAUUAUGGCAAGUCAUCAUGAUAUCAUUUUUUUUUAUACUUGGUUUGGUCAUUAUAUCGUUUCUCGGCACAUGCAUAUGCCUUCAGAGACACAACAAAUAAUAAAACAAAUAAACAGACAA